GAACGCUUAGUGAUACCAGUUCAUCUCGUAAAUUUUCAAUCCUUUCCAUUCAGUAUGACUUACUUAAAUCAACCGGAUUACGUGCGUUACUUGUGCAACUGUGGCUCCUUAAAACCUAUAUCAAAGAUAUAUUUCUGCCGACAUUGUUUGAUGAUAAGAUGCGGCUACUGUGUCUGUCAGGAGGUUGACUCCCAUUAUUGUCCCAAUUGUAUGGAAAAUUUGCCCUCAUCGGAAGUACGACUUAAAAAGAACAAAUGUUCCAAUUGCUUUGACUGUCCUUGCUGUUUUCAAACGUUAUCUACAAGAGCAGGAUUAGCACCUGUGAGAGCAGCAGCACCUGAGGGAGAAGAAAACAAGGAUGUUAAAGCCACUCCUAAAAAAGUAUAUUAUCUAUUCUGUUCAUUGUGCCGAUGGAGUUCUCGAGAUGCAGGAAUACCUGAUCAAUCUGUAGCAACUGGAGGAUGGCCCGAACAGGAAAAUCCACAUGUAACACGCAUUAACGCUCUUAUUGAUUAUCACAAGGUAUUAGCCUCUAUAGAGAAACAGCAAUGUGAACGGAAAAAAAUUCAUCCAAAACGCUCCUUUAUGCCAGCUCAGACAAUGUACAGUUUUACAUCAGCCCUAGUUCGCAAGCGUAUUGGGCGUCCUAUGAAACCACCAAUGCAAUCUCAAUUAUCCGCUCAGCCAGUACCAUCCGUUGCAAGUGAGGAAGUUGAUGAAUUACCAAGCGAUAUAUUUGCAGAAUCUGUAGAUAUAACUAAAAUUACUACGUUGGAACAAAGAUUACAGCAUCCGGAAGUACAAGCUGAGAAAAUUAACGAAUUGCGUCCUCAGCACAGACAGUUUUUAGUUAAAAGAUCGCAACGUUGCAGAGUAUGUGAACAUAAUGUUAGCAAAUCGGAUCUUUGUCCUCAAUCAACAAAAUUCAAGAUUUUACUAGCUGCAUUUUAUCAUAUCCCAGAAGUCAAGAUCGUUACUUGUGAACCUCUUCGACCAGGGAAAUCAAGUGAAUUGCUUCUAAAAUUCUGUAAUCCAACACAGCAUCAAACGCAGAUAACCAUAUUGCCCUUAGAUACCUCGUUAUCUACUUCAUUCAUCGAAGAAAAAGACGUUAAAGAGGAUACACAAUCGAGUGAAUCUUCAAAUUUAUUGUCAUCUACUGUACGACAAGUACCUGUAACAGAAGAUCCUAAAGCAAUAAAAGUUAUAUCAAAUGCAGAUUUGAUGUUGCCUCAUAGUUCGUUGAUUCUUCCACCAAGAGAUGAUGCUGCUGAAUAUGAUGAUACAAAUGAUAAUCAUAAUUUUCAAGAUGAUCCAAAACUUGUAGUAUGGCGAAAAGGAAACAAGGCAGUUAUACGUUUGCAUGUAACUCCACAUGAUACAAAUAAAGAUAAUGAAGAUCCAGUUAUAGUUGGAUUUGUCAUGCAGCAUGGAUAUGUAAAUACUAUUGCAGCGCUAGAACAUAAAUCUCCACAAAAGGUAGAUGUAAAGGUUAAAUUAUAUCUUACUGUUGGUCAAAUAGUUGGCGAAACAUAGUCUUUCUCAAAUUUUCAUUACAAUAAUUGCAAAA